GAGAGAGAGAGGCGACAGACAGACGAGCCGCCGACAACAUUUGGACCUUCUCUGACUUCUGGAGCGCUUCUCUAACUGUUUGGACCGUAGUUUUUUUUUUUUUUUUAAUUCCCACCAUGACACUUUUAAGGGAGCGCUGCGGUACCAACAUUUUACCGGCCGGAGAGCUGAAGUGAGAGAAAAAGGGGAAGUUGUUGUUGUUUUGGAGAGGAUAAAGGACAAAAUAAACCCAUUAAAAAAAAGAAAGAAGUGACUUUCUUCUGUCAAGUUCAAGGCAGCUAAUUUCAUCUUUGUGGAGGGGCAUGGACACCCACGUCAAGGAGGGACAACUUUAUGUGCAGCAUCAAAAGUUUGGGAAGAAAUGGAAGAAGAACUGGUUCGUCCUCUACCCUGCCAGCCAAAACGGCAUCGCCCGCCUCGAGUUCUACGAUGCGCCCUCGGGCGGAGGAGGCGGAGGCGGCGGAGGCUCGGGAAGCGGGUCCAAUGAGAAAACCAGGAAGCUGGACAAGAAGAUCAUCCGCUUGUCAGAAUGCAUUUCCAUUUUGCCGGCUUUGACAGAAAGCUGCCCCAAAGACAACAUGGCAGCGUUUUGCGUGGAGACGAAUGACAAGAUGCACAUGUUCGCUGCAGAAAAGAACGCCGCUAAGGACUGGAUGGACACCAUGUGUGACAUUGCAUUUCAGGGUGGAAGUGGCAGCAGCAGCAGCGCUACAGAUUCUAAUGGGGGACCGCAGGACCUGCAGAUGUCUGAAAACCUCAUCUACUACUCCAGAGAGGAGGUGAAUGAGUUCUGGGUGAGCAUUCAACGUACAGAAGCAUCCGAACGUUGUGGACUUGCAGGAAACUACUGGCUGAAAGCUGAAAACGACAUCUUGAUCCUGAAGGAGCCAAAGACGAAGAGGAACAUUUUGGUGUGGCCGUACAAGCUGCUGAGGAGAUAUGGGAGAGAUCGGGUGAUGUUUUCUUUUGAAGCUGGCCGGCGCUGUGACUCAGGCCCCGGAAACUUCACCUUUGAGACCAAGCAGGGCAACGAGAUCUUCAAGUUGGUGGACCAGGCCAUCCAGUCGCAGAAGGCUCUGGCGGAGGAGCGUCACCUCAGCUGCCCCAUGAACUUUGAUCCAGAGUGCCCCGCGUCCCUGCAGCACAUACGCAACGCUGUUCCUGGUGGUGUGACGACGGGAAGCGGAGACAGCAGCAGCUGCAGCAGUCGGGAGGCGGACGGCGAUUCGGGCGGCAGCAAACCAGGCUCGGCUGAUGGUGUGCUCGGAAAGAGAGAGGGAGGAGAUGGAGGAGUAAGGGGGCAAGGAAGUGGAGGAGGAAUCAAAGGGAGGAGUUUACCAGAGCCUCCAACAAUGUUGGGGGUUCUGGGAGGAGGAGGGACACCUCCACGGUCUCCUAGAAACCAUGCAGGGAAGGUUGUGUCCUCAGCUGAUGAACAUGCAGGUCUUUAUUCUGAGCCAGCAGAUUCAGUCCGUCUGCCUCUGCACAGCGCUGACUGCCUCUAUUCUGACCCAGUGGACAGCAUCAAGGGUCAGAAUCAAACCAGCAACCCAACCACCCCACCAGUGCCCAAUCCACGCCUCCGACCAGUAGGAGACGACAACUCGGGAGGCGGUAUCCAAGAUCAUCAUCACCACACAGGCAGCAACCACAGGAAGCCACCUGACCUGUACUCACACGUGUACGACCGGAUCAGCCUGGAGCUGAACCAGAAAACAGGCGCGCUGAAUCUGAACGGAGCUACAGGGGGAGGAAGAGGUGGAGGAAGAGGGGUCAACAGUAACAGGCGACCCCCAGGAGGUCAAGCAGAAGGUGCCUCAUCGCUUCCAGCUUCUCUGGAGCAUAUAUACGAUGAACCAGAGGGCUGCGCAAAAGGAAGCAUCAGCUUGCCUCCAAGCUCAGGGAUGACUAUUUACGAUGAGGCCCGUGCAGAGCCUCACAGCCAGAGGAGGCAUGAAGAGGGGGCGGCUCCAUCAGGACCGGAGGGGAGCUACAGCACUCCUACUCAGGGGAAGCCGUCGGAGCCCCAUAGACACUCUCCUCCACAGCUGGGCCUGAGCCGCGGCACACCACAACCUCCGACACCCAGGUGGCCCAAACCCGUCACUGCUCCCAAGCCGGGAAAAGGCGCUUUUGCUCGAAAGGAGCCGGUGCCGCUGCCCCCUGGGAAACACGGCGGCCCUGGCAGUAAUGUGAACAACAACAACAACAUUUGGGGUGAUGGUGGAGAAGGGAGGGAGCUGUACAGCAAAGUGUCAAAACAGAAGCCUCUUCCUGCUAAUUUGUGGUACAGCCAGCACCAUCAGGCGCGACUGAGAUCACCUGAUAUCAUCUAUGACAACCUGGGAGAUAUUUGACGUUGCUCUUUGUCUACGACGCUGAACGCUGUGUUCUUCCAGCUUUUGAGAGGACUAAGCACAUUUUACAUUUCUUCCAUCUGUGGACUGGAAUAAUUAUUUGAGACAGUCGAUUCAUUCGGAGUGGAUUAGCUCACAACUAUGAGAAAACCACAUUACGGCUGCAUUUUGAUACAUGGAGUGCAACUAUUGUAGGGCCACCCUGUGUGUGUGUGUUUGAGAAAGAGAGAGCGAGUGUUUGCAUGGUCAAACCCAUAAUUGGCGUACCAAGCCACAGUGUGGUUGGAGCCAGCCACUUCACUUGAACACACACACACACACAAACUGUAUGGCUUUGCCAGAGGGACCUCGGCCUACGGGCUUCACUUUAACAAGCUGAGAGAGUGGCUUGGCUCGAAAAAGUCUGCUGUGCUUAUGAAGUGACUGGGAAACAUGUUUUUGCGCUGCUGCUUUUCUGUUUCUCUGAAAUAUGAGACAAUGUGACAGCCAGGAGUCAUUACUGGACAGGUUUGGAGUAUCUCUGAGACUUCACCAAAAGGAGCUGAUCCUUUUAAGUUUGUGUUUUCUGGACUGACUUAUUGCCUUAAAUCCUACUGAUACUAGGAGAUUUACUUUUUCAGCCCAGGACACUAACGUAGGACGUGGUUGCAUCUUCGGAGCCAGCAUUUGAAGAAGAAAUCAACAGUGGUGGCACUGUUUUGGAGGAAGCAUGAAAAGUCGGACUUGGGUCUUGAAACGGACAUAAAGGGGUCGUAGGGUCACAUGGUUGUCUUAUGGUCAAUAAAUCACAAGGGCCACUUCCUGCACAAGAUAAUAUUUUUGGAAUUUUGUUAUGUUUAUGUAUAGAAAAACUAAAUAUGAAACUAAUCAAUCCCCGCAAUGUGCUAGUAUGUAUGUGUCAGAAACAGCUGUGCUGUGUGUAAAUAUAACUAAUAAUAAAGUGGAUCUAUAAACUUUAAA